CAGCUUGCCGGUAUUGUGCGACAGUAAAGGGAAUCGGCAGCCCACUCGAGAGUCCGGCUCUGUUUUUAGGGGGUUGGUUUGAUUCUAGUUUAAAUAACAUUAUUGCGAUUUAUUUACAGCGAUAAACAACACCGAAUAACUAAACAUCAAAGUGGUAAAGUGCUCAGAUUAUACUGUUUUAUAAAGAGGUGAAGGAAUCACGGGUGAGAGCGCCGUGCAUGAGGAGCUGCAGUGUGUGUGUGUUUUAUACUAACACUCUGCUGUGUAGUCAUUUAUACACACACACACACACACACACACACACACACUGAGCUGUAAUAAAGAGAAAAGUGUGUGUUGCACGGUGUGUUGAGUCGCAGAGAUAAAAAUAGCUUUGGAGCUGAAUCACACUGAGAUCCCUCCAGCUGGCACAGGAUGGGAGAGGCGGUGGCGAACGUGGCGAGGAGGAUCAACACGACGAUGGAGGACGGGUUAGACACGCUGGAUCUCUCGGACUGUAAUCUGAUCAGUUUUCCUGAUGGUGUGUUGAAAAUGAUCCGGAGCUGCGCAGAUCAGAUACACAACAUCUCUCUGGCGAACAACAAACUGAAGACUUUAGGUGGAAAGUUUUUCAGCAUGUUCCCCCAGCUGAGAGAGUUGGAUUUGCAGGGAAACACUCUGACUAAACUCCCAGAUGCUGUUGGAGAGAUGCAGAAUCUCAUCAGCAUCGAUUUAUCCAACAAUAACUUCAGUGUUUUUCCUGAACAACUACUGAAUAUACAAACAGUACAGAACAUCAACAUAUCAGGAAACCAGAUCUCAGAGGUCCCGUGGGAGCGAUUGUGUGUCAUGUCCUCCCUGAAAACUGUGGAUUUGAGAUCUAACCCGAUUACUUCACCACCCCAGACUCCACAGAACUUUACUGUCCUCACAUAGACACCCAGACACCAACAUCUGCAGCUCACGCUGGACUGGAUGAGGAUCUCACUGGAGUAAAUCUCCAUCCAGGGCUACAGCUGAUAUCUUGUGCUACUGUGAUCAUUAUUAUGCAAAAUAGUACAGAAAUAAAGGUUAUUAUAUUUACCACAGGUGGGGUAAUAUGCUGUUAGUGUUAUAGUUGUGUGGUGUUUAUUGGGGUAGAAGAUUCGGGAUAUAGCGUGUUAUUGUGAACUCAAAGGUGAACCUGAAGGUUAAACAAUUUGGUUCAGAUUCUGGUUCUGGUUUGAUGCUGCUGUUUCUGCACUAAAUAAAUAUUAA